CUUACCGAACGUCAAGAACAACACAUCUACCACUGCUACCAAUUCCUCUUCACGAUUUGAAAUCUCAACAAAAUUUCAAUCCAAAGUCUCCACGAAUUUGCAAUUUCUCACACUCAAAUCAGGUUUAUUUCAAUCACCAGUUGACAGCUUUGUAAUCCUAACAUCAAUCUCAUCUCUUCUGAUCGAGAAUUUGCAGUAUCUGAUGAGGGCUUAGGGUUUUUUACGAAGAGAAUGAGGCGUUUUCAUAAACUGGAUAAAUUACGAGGCGUAUUUACUCUUAUAUCAACAGGUUAAAGCUACGGUUUUAGUAUAGUAUAUGUAUUAAGUUUUGUUGAUCGAAGAUUUUGUUUGUUUGCGGUGGAAUGGACAAAAAUGGAUCGGUGAUUGUGUUAUUUGUCUUAUUAAUCAUCGUUUUUGCUCCGUCUGAUGCGUUCAAUUCGAGGAAAUUAGAUACGAUCCAAGAUCUAAACGCCAGUUCUAACGCAAAUCAGGGUUCUCCGUCAUCUUCUCCACCACCUCCUGAUAAGACUGGGGAUUUGACUCCGGUUGGUGCACCCAAACCGAAGGAUAAACCGGUUACGAAUUCCUCAGAUUCCGGUGAUAAGAAACUAGAUGCAGGGAAAAAUGAAGAGGGGAAAAUUUCGAAAACAUUUGUCAGCGAAAGUUGCAAGGGGGAUAUGAUUUGCAAUGACCAGGGAAAAACUAUUAUGGCGUGUGUUCAAGAUUUUGAAAAUGGCACCAACAACCUAACACUUAUUGUGCUAAACGAACAAGAUGUUGAAUUGAAAGUGAAUAUAAAAUCUGCAACAUCUAUGAACAAUCCUUUGCAAACUUUUGAGCUACCUGCUCAUGCGACUAAAAAGGUUAACGUUAAUAUUACAUUCUCUGAAGACAAAAGCAACAAAGUUAUAUUAAAUGCUGGAAACGGAGAUUGUGAGCUCCAAAUUAGUCAACCUUCUCCAGUCAACAGUCCUUCAAAACCUAAGGAUCCUGAAAAUACUUCGAACGUUAAAGACGUCACUAACUCUACGGACAGCCCUGCAAAGCCCAAAGACGUCAAUAACACUGUAGACUCCCCUUCAAAGCCCAAAGAUGUCCAAAACGUCACAGACACCCCUGCAAAGCCCAACGAUGUCAAUAACCCUCCAAGCCCACCAAAACCCAAAGAUAUCAACCCCCCUCCAAAGUCAAAAGAUGUCGAUGACCAAUCAAAGUCAAAAGUUGUUGACGAUUCAUCAAAGUCUACACCCACAAGUACCAAUGCUCCCGUAUCUAAAAACAACGUUUUUGACCAAUGGACUUUCUAUUCGAAGCAAGUAACACCAAUACACGGGGCUUAUUUAGCUUUUCUUGUAGCCCUAGUGGUAGGGGGUUCAUGGGCUUUAUGCAGCAUCAGAAAAAGGAGAAGCGGUGGUGGGGUCCCGUACCAGGAGCUCGAGAUGGGACCCUCGGAAUCCUCAAAUGCGGUUGAUGUGGAAACCGCAGAAGGGUGGGACCAAGAUUGGGAUGAUGAUGAUUGGGAUGAAGAUAAAGCCAUAAGAUCACCGGGUGGUAGUAGUCAUGCUAAAACUAUCUCAUCUAAUGGGCUUACUUCGCGUGCUGCAAAGAAAGAUGGUUGGGAUGCUGACUGGGACGAGUAGUUAUCGAAAAGUUAUAAGAAUAGAUACAAUGAUCAUGAUGGUGUAUGAUAGAAGUUUUGUUUUCAAUUUUGAUUCUGUUACAUGUUAUGAAUUAUGAAUUUUUUGUUGGUUGUAAGUUGAUGUUAAAUUUUCAUACAAUUUUUUGAUACAAGAUAUGCACUAAACAAUAAAGAGGUUCAGGCUUUUA